GCUCGAUUGGUUCUUCCCGGCAUGGCAGGUCCCAUCGCCGCAGAGGCCCGGUUCUCUUCAUUCGCUCUUCAGUCCUCCAACAGUUGUCUAAUGCACGUUUAUGACCUUUGCUGCUGCUGCUGCAUCUGGGCUGGCUUCGUGGCAGUCUCUGACUCCUCGGUUCAUUUUGCAUUGCAGCAAUCUAUGCACCUUGCCUCAUCUGAUUCGAGCCUCCCCAUCUUUCCCUCCUCUCUACUCGUUCGGCGUCUCUUUUAUCAUGCCUCGAUGCCCAAUAUCCGGCUCCCUUCGUCCACGGCUAUACCAUGUUACGGGCCACCUCCUGCUUCAUAACCCUGAUCAUAACCUAAGGCUAUGGGAGGCUAUUCAGAGUCGGCACUUGUUGUUGAUUAAACAAUUGAGGCUCUUUACACUAGAGGGGGCAUGACAGGCAUGUUUCACGGCCGCUGUCGGUGGGUUGGCUUGGCAUUAAAGUCGGUCUCGUCCCCGUCUGCUUGUUUCCCUCGGACUUCUUCCGAUCUGCAACCUCCCCCGUCCUCUCCUGCCUGCCUUCUGUGCAAAAGCUUGGAACAAAGAUCGUGACCGCUCUAGUCUUUGGCUGAGCUUUUGUUGAAACCCCCUGUCAUCGCCGCCCACUGUCAUACCCCUUCUCCUCUUCGAGUUCGGGUCAGGUGGUUGGGCAGGGUCAGUAGUGUGCUAACCUCCACUGUCCUGUUUCUCCCCAGCCUCGACACUGCAACGGCACAUCAUCUUGAAAUAACCAAAACACCAUCGCCUAUCUCGGGGGGGGGAGGGCGCCAGAAAACACCGGUGCCAGCAAUAUACCGGGCCAUCCAGAGAUCAUGAUUUUCAAGGUCCGCCAUGGGCCGACGCCGUCAUCCAGACUAAUCAGCACGAAUUACUCAACUCGAUAUCUCAGCUGAUUUGUAAACACUACCCAAUCGACUGACAGAAGAAGUCAUCAUGGAACUCGAGACAACAGUGAACCUCAACAUCCCCAUUGAGGCACACCUCCUCCGGGGCUGCUGUCGUGAGGCUGACAGGUGCGAGAUUGUGGCCAUGGGUCUCGAUCAACUACAAAUAGCACUCCCCGAGUCCUUCCAUGGCCAUCUCAUUGCCCUCACCGGGGAGAUACGCAGCUCGUGCCGUCUUCUACGUGACCUCGCCGACCGAUCCCAGGUGCACUUCUCGCGUGUCCCCAUCGUUGCCAACUACCUCAACGUCGUGCUCCCUUGCCUGUCUCGGACCCUGAAAGAUAUCAUCGGUUACUAUGAGGAGAAAACCAUUUCGAGAGAAAUGAGAUGGCGAAAGAUGUACAAUAAAAUGACGGAAGAAGCCUCUGGGCUCCCACUUCCACAAAGAUUUGUCCUUUACAAUCACUUCCUAUCGUUGCUGAAGCAGCUGCUGACGAGGUCGCCGAGCUUUGAGCUCAACACUCUUGAAACCCUCCGCACUCGAAUUUUGAAGCUGCGGGAACAGAGAGGAAUCGCGCCACCUCCGAUGCAGAUUGGGACCCUGGUGCGGCAAGAGCUCAUGCCACUAGCAAUCAUGCAAGACGCCAACGCACACUGGGCGGAGCAGAUAUUCUCCCUACCGCUGCCGUCUCGAACGGCCCUGAAACAUUUAAGACACUCCAAGUCGUAUGGACCCUUCUACCCCUGGGGCCAUUUCACUAUUCCGCCAGAGUCCAAAAUUCUAUUCCGGAGGCCAUUUGAUGAGGACAGGAUCUCAAUCGUUGUCUACUUGAAUUCGGUCGACCAAUCACCUUACUUGCUCAUGAGAACCAUGCAGGGCGAUAUUCCCUGGUUCUCGCUGUUUGGUGCCCACGAGCUCUGUAUCAACCGGGAAGGAAGUGCACUGCAGCUCAAACGAUGGAGCCGGUCAGAACAAUGCAGCAAACUCUGGGCUGCUCUAUACUUCCUGACAUGGGAAGGCAAAUUAUUGAUGACGGCUUCAAACACUCCCUCAUUGUGUACGAAGACAUACAAACACGAGGCCUACGCCUCCAUGCAGCGGUAUGGGAAGGGGAGUUGA